CGGAGGUUGAUACCGCAAUAGAUGCAUGUGUUUGGGUGUGAAUUGAAAAAAACUCGCUCACUCGAUCUUACAGUUGCACCCGGGGUCGUACGUCAGUUGAAUGAUUGCAGCUAUAAAGGCAUUGCACUUCCCGGUACUUAGUGUGUUGCGAAAUUUGUGAUGAGCUGAUGCCAUGAGGACAUAAACUCACACCAUUGGUCGUUGACAUCCCUCGUCAUGCCCUCGACGUUUGAUAUUCAUAUCUUGUGAGUCAGCAAAAUAUUUCUUAUCGCUAAAGCGUGACAUUUUACCACGGAUUGGUAUGGCGCCAAAGAAAAAGAAAAAGACCAAGGCGAAGCAUGUCUCAAAGAAAAAAGCUGAAGCCAAGCGAAAACCUCAAAAGGCAGGCGGACAGAAAAAGACUGGGAAGAAAAGGAAGAAAGCCCAUCAAAAGAAGAAGUUAUCAAACGCCUGGAACAGGCUACCCUGGGAUCCGUUUCCAAUGUUUCCACAUGAAGUUGAGAAAGUGAACAGAAUAAACAAAAACAUUCUUUUAGUGAUCACCUGCAUACUUUUGUGUGUUAGCAUCGGUGUAAUAUGUUUGGCAGCUUAUCUUAUAGAGAAAAGGAAAAGAAACGAAGAGCUGGUGUCGGCAGUCAGCUUUUCUAACUAUUGGCUAAACGCUUCACUGGUGCUUCUUUCUAUCGGCUUAGUUUCCGCUAUCAUAAACUUCUGCGGCUUUGUAGGCGUGUUGCGAGAAAACAUUGUGCUGAUCCGUGUGUUCUACAUUACGCUGAUCGUGUUGCUCACGUUGAAGCUGAGCGGCGCAGUGUUCCUGUUCGUUUUUGCCGACUUCUCGCGGCCGUUGCUGGAGAACAUGCUGGCCGAUCAGGCGGUGGCCGACUAUCGCGUCAGCAGUGACGUCGAGACGCUGAUGGACUACCUGCAGGCCGGCUUCGGCUGCUGCGGCCUGCGAGACGAUGGCUUCCAAGAGUGGUCUCGCAGUGUCUACUUCAACUGCUCGGAGGCGAACCCCAGCCCGGAGCGGUGUGGCGUGCCCUGGUCCUGCUGCCGCAAUGGCACCGGCCUGCAGAACGCCCUCUGCGGCCACCACGUGCAGAAGCUGGACCGCAACAUCGCCAGCAGGAGCAUCUAUACGAGGGGCUGUGUCCGCGCCAUACAGGUGUGGGCGGGUCGGCACGCCAUAGCCGUCGGCCUGUUGGUCCUGCUGGAGGUGGUCUGCCUCACGGUGGUGAUCUUCCAGUGCACACACCUGGUGAACGAGCUGCAGAUGAUGACUAGAGUGUACCGUGGUCCCUGGUGGGAGUGGAUCGGCAAGAAGCGGCCACCGCCCCGCCCUCCCGGCACGCCGCCGACGCCGACCGAGCUGCCGCACGUGGUCCAGAUCGGCCGGGGCCCGGCCGUGAUGGAUGCCCGUCGAGUGCGGUGGCCCACCCCGGCUCGUCCCAAGCGGCCGCGCAAGGUCACCGUCGUCCAGGUCGACGAAGCCCCCCAGGCGCAGUGGACACAAGCGCCGACGAGGACCAUUCGCGUGCAGUCUUACGACCAUGGUCAACCCGGCGACCUUGACACGGGGCGCUUCCUUCCGGAGGGUGACGGUCGCGGCCCAUCAGAAGAGAGGACCGCAGAAAACUAGCCUGAGGGUGCUCUUGAAAGAAGAAGCUUUGCUUGCAAACAUGAAACAGAUUGUGCGAGACGCAGAGCGGACGAUGGGUGAGGAAGAGAUGGAAAGACCGCUCCGAAGAUAAGAGAUGGCGUGACGUGACGGCCGUGGGACCCAGUGCAAUGUGAUUCAAUGUGCACUUGGCGUUGGCAGCCGCCUUCACUGGCCACAGGCGGCAGCCACGCACAGCGAGCUGUAUAUUGGUGUUAACGGAACCUUGUAAGAGAUUUGACAUUGCAAUAAA